AUGAGCUUCGUGGAACACGCAUAUUCACGCGCCUCAUCGACCCCCACUUCUAUUGCCCCGCCAGUAGGCUCUGCUCGGCCGCAGAACGAUAUACCGGCUUACCUCUCCUCUUCACGCGCCGACCUCACCUCUUCCUCUGCCAUGACGUCCCCGAAUGCCUUCGCUCCCGACUCACACUCCUAUAGCCGCCCGGCAGAACCGAUGACCGAUCCACGCUCCGCGCCGGAUUCACCGCGAUUACAACCUACACAUCAAUCAAUGCAGUCCGUGCCGGGAUCCGAAGUCAAUUCUCCGAGUCGCAUUCGAGUCCAGAGCUUGUCUCACAUCCAGAGGCUCGCCAAUGAUGAUGUCGUAGGGUCGCGAGGAUCGCAAACGUCCAGGGCUGGGUCGCAGCGACAGUACGAGAUCAGCUCCAUGCCGGUCACGGAGAUCAUCGAGAUGGUCGCUGGACUCCUCACCAAGAUCACCACCUCGAACGAUUUGCAUCACGAACAUGUCCAUCGCCACAUCCCGCCACCGGAUGGCACCUCAAAUCUCAGUCCACAGGCCACCAGCGUCCUCGCAUUCCACGGCAAAAACGUCCCCAGCAUCACGAUCCUCAGCUACCUCACUCGUAUACACAAAUAUUGCCCUACGACCUACGAGGUGUUCCUGAGCUUGUUGGUCUACUUUGACCGCAUGACGGAGCUGGUCAACAGAGGGAAACUCGACCACCUGCAGCGUCGCUGGGUCCCUUCAGAAGACUCAGAUCCAUCUUCGGCAUCACCUACAUCGCAGCAAAUGCACGACUCGCCUAUGGUGACGCCUCCAUCCUCUACUGGUUUAGCUGCGCAGGAUCCGCAGGGGCCGAACUCCAUUUCGCCGGGUCUCUCUCCCCAGUCUGACGCCGAGACCCUUUCACAUUUCUUCGUCGUUGAUAGCUUUAAUAUCCAUCGACUGGUCAUCGCAGGAGUGACCUGUGCGAGCAAGUUUUUCUCUGACGUGUUCUACACUAAUUCACGUUACGCGAAGGUUGGAGGUCUCCCAUUAAUAGAGCUCAAUCACCUGGAACUUCAGUUCCUGCUCUUGAACGACUUCCGACUCGCCAUUACCGUUGAAGAGCUGGAGGCAUACGGAACAAUGCUCGUAGAGUUCUACGCGCGCGAGGUCGUGACGCAACAACAACAACAGCACCAGAUGAGCUUACCACGACCCAUCGACCCGGCCCGCGAUCCAAACUCAGAUGCGAUGUACAUGCGAUCCCGCGACAAGUACCGCGACCAUCCAGAAGUCGGCCAGACCCCGACUCCACCAUAA